AUGUAUAAAAUAUAUUUCACAAAAAGAAGAAAGGUUUUUUAGUAUUCUGAGACAACAACUGAAUCUUAAUUAAAUCAAUUGCUGUAAAUAAUAAUUUUCAAUGGUCAGUCAACCAAUUAUGAUGUUUCUAAAAUUAUAGAGGAAACAGAAGAGAAUGAAGGAAUUUCAAUUCCAAAGGGUAACAGAUUUUAAAAUUGGAAUGAUAUAUUUAGUGAUUUUUUAUCUGAAAGUAAAUAGACUUAAUUAAAAAGAAAUACAGAAACUCCAAUAGAUAGUGCUUAUUUAUAUGAAGUUCCAUUAUAGUUUGAUAGUGCUCUGUCAAUAAGUCCUUCUAUAAGAAGUAUUUCACUAAAUAUAUCAUGAGGGAAAUUUUUGCUCAAGAAUUUGUAAUUAGAAAAAUUAAACUCAAAAACUUGAUAAAUUAAUUCCAUCAGUUAUCAAGAAGAGAAAAAGACUAAAAAAUUAAUGUGUAUAAAAAGAUAGUAAUUUUUAUUAGAACAUAUCACAGAUUAGCAGUAAUAGAUGAAGGGAAUCAUGAAAUUGCCUUUUUAUAUUUAUUGGAUGAAAAGAAUAAAGUGAAGCUUAAAAAUUAUAGGCAUUAGACAUAUUUUAUUUAUUAGAGAUCUAAUAGAAGAAAAGAUUGA